UUCCCGCCGGAACAUUUUCGUUAUAACACUGCCGGUAAAGAGAAGCCGCGGGACUCCGAACGAGCACUGUUGAUGAAUGUGCGACGGUAAUCUAAGAAAAGAAAAUGAACUGAAUAAACACAAAGAAGCUACUAUGGUCCCAUUUUAUAACAUAGCUGUAGUGUAAGUCGUUUUCAGAUAGGAAGGAACUCUAAAAGCAAUUAACCAUGAAUCUUGACAGACUGCGGAAACGUGUGCGACAUUAUAUCGAUCAGCAACAGUACCAGAGCGCUCUGUUUUGGGCAGACAAAAUUGCGUCCCUAUCACACGAAGACCCCCAGGACGCUUACUGGCUAGCACAGUGCCUUUAUCUUACAUCCCAGUAUCACAGGGCUGCUCAUGCCCUGCGCUCAAGGAAGCUAGAUAAGCUAUAUGGAGCAUGUCAGUACCUUGCAGCAAGAUGCCAUUAUGCUGCUAAAGAGUAUCAGCAAGCACUCGAUGUUCUGGACAUGGAGGAACCUGUGAGUAAGAAGCUGCUGGACAGGAGUGUGAAGGAGGACAGUGUCGUUACAGAGUCUGUCAAGGACUGGGGCAUGUCCCCUGCUUCAAUCAGCAGCUCCAUCUGUUUAUUGAGAGGAAAGAUCUAUGACGCUAUGGACAACCGUCCACUGGCCACUGCCAGCUACAAAGAGGCAUUAAAACUUGACGUCUACUGCUUCGAGGCUUUUGACCUCUUGACCUCUUAUCACAUGCUGACAGCUCAAGAAGAAAGUGAUUUCCUGGAUUCACUGCCUCUGAGUCAGCAGUGCACCGAGGAAGAGGAGGAACUGUUACGCUUUCUGUUUGAGAACAAGCUGAAGAAGUAUAACAAACCCAGUGAGAUUACUGUCCCAGACACAGUGAAUGGUCUCCAAGACAACCUGGAUGUAGUGGUUUCUCUGGCAGAGAGACAUUAUUACAACUGUGACUUCAAAAUGUGCUACCAGCUUACAUCCAUGGUGAUGGUGAAAGACCCUUUCCAUGCUAACUGUCUACCAGUACACAUAGGAACUCUAGUGGAGCUCAGUAAAGCCAACGAGCUGUUUUACCUCUCACACAAACUGGUGGAUUUGUAUCCUAACAGCCCUGUGUCCUGGUUUGCUGUUGGAUGUUACUACCUGAUGGUCGGACACAAAAAUGAACAUGCAAGGAGGUACCUCAGCAAAGCCACCACCCUGGAGAGGAAGUACGGCCCGGCCUGGAUCGCGUACGGACACUCGUUUGCCGUGGAGAGCGAACACGACCAGGCCAUGGCUGCCUACUUCACUGCGGCCCAGCUGAUGAAGGGGUGCCACCUGCCCAUGCUGUACAUUGGCCUGGAGUACGGGCUGACCAACAACUCCAAGCUGGCCGAGCGCUUCUUCAGCCAGGCCCUCAGCAUCGCACCCGAGGAUCCAUUUGUCAUACACGAGGUGGCUGUGGUAGCCUUCCAGAACGGAGACUGGAAGGCAGCAGAAAAGCUGUUUUUGGAUGCGAUGGAGAAGAUUAAGACCAUUGGAAAUGAGGUUACUGUGGAUAAAUGGGAGCCUUUACUCAACAACCUGGGACACGUUUGCCGGAAGCUGAAGAAGUAUGAGCAGGCCCUGGAGUACCACCGUCAGGCCCUUGUUCUCAUCCCCCAGAAUGCUUCUACCUACGCCGCCAUUGGCUACGUUCACAGCCUUAUGGGAGAUUUUGAGAGUGCUAUCGACUACUUCCACACGGCACUUGGCCUUAAAAGAGACGAUACGUUUUCUGUGACGAUGUUAGGACACUGCAUUGAAAUGUAUAUCGGUGACACCGAGGCCUAUAUUGGCACUGACAUCAAGGACAAGCUGAGGAGCUCCCUGGGCGCGCCAGCGCUGAUGAAGCUGCUCGACACCUCUGGGGACGCCAGUGAGUUCCAGCCCCUGAACGAAAGUUUUAUGAGAACCCUUGAGUCGUCCUCCCCCAAACCGGAGAAGCCAUCAGAGGCCAGCCUCAGGCGCACGACCACGCUGGAGUUCGACAUGUACGAGAGCGACAUGAUGCUGGAGACGUCGAUGUCUGAUACCAGCACAUGAUGGUCCAGGGCCAGAUCAAGGCUGUCAGCAUGUGGCGCUUUGGACAGUGGGAACAUCAAACUCAGAUCUUCCCUAUUCCUCCCAUCAGAAGCAAUGUCUGUAUUAGUUUUACCUGUGGAUUUUUACUUUGAAAUAAAUGAACUGAAUGCAAGUGAGGCUUCGCAACUCUAACAAUCCCAACAAUAAACAGUAUGUUCAUAGUCGCUUUUGUGA